AUGUUCCUGCCCCAGGGGGUCCGCUGGCUGCAGGGACCGGGAACCGCACGUGCCCCCAGAACGCCGUGUUCCCAUUCAUCUGUCUGUCCUCCUGUCUGUCUGCUCAUUCAUCUGUCUGUCCUGUCUGUCUUCCCAUUCACCUGCCUGCCCUUCUGUCCGUCUUCCCAUUCAUCUGUCUGUCCAUCUGUCCCUCUUCCCAUUCAUCUCCUGCCCUUCAGUCCCUCUUCCCAUUCACCUGCCUGCCCUUCUGUCCCUCUUCCCAUUCAUCUCCUGUCCUUCUGUCUGUCUGCCCAUUCAUCUUUCUGUCUUCCCAUUCAUCUGUCUGUCCAUCUGCCUGUCCUCCUGUCUGUCUGCUCAUUCAUCUGCCUGUCCUUCUGUCUGCCCAUUUAUCUGUCUAUCCUUCUAUCUACCCAUUCACCUGCCUGUCCUCCUGUCUGUCUGCUCAUUCAUCUGCCUGUCCUCCUGUCUGUCUGCCCAUUCAUCUGCCUGUCCUCCUGUCUGUCUGCCCAUUCAUCUGUCUGUCCUUUUGUCUGUCUGCCCAUUCAUCUGUCUGUCCAUCUGCCUAUCCUUCUGUCUGUCUGCUCAUUCAUCUGUCUGUCCUUCUGUCCCUCUUCCCAUUCACCUGUCUGCCCUUCAGUCCAUCUUCCCAUUCAUCUCCUGUCCUUCUGUCUUCCCAUUCAUCUGUCUGUCCACCUGCCUGUCCUUCUGUCUGUCUGCCCAUUUAUCUGUCCGUUCACCUGCCUGUCCUUCUGUCUGUCUGCCCAUUCAUCUUUCUCUCUUCCCAUUCAUCUGUCUAUCCAUCUGCUUAUCCUUCUGUCUGUCUGCUCAUUCACCUGUCUGUCCUUUUGUCUGUAUACCCAUUCAUCUGCCUGUCCUCCUGUCUGUCUGCACAUUCAUCUGUCUGUCCUUCUGUCUCUCUGCCCAUUCACCUGCCUGCCCUUCAGUCCAUCUUCCCAUUCAUCUGCUGUCUUUCUGUCCAUCUUCCCAUUCACCUGUCUGUCCUUCUAUCUGUCUUCCCAUUCAUCUCUUGUCCUUCUAUCUGUCUGCCCAUUCAUCUUUCUGUCUUCCCAUUCAUCUGUCUGUCCAUCUGGCUGCCCUUCUGUCUGUCUCUCUUGCCAUUUGUCUGUCCAUCUGGAUGUUAGCAGAUGAUCUGUCCCCGUC